CCGCCACGAGGAGGAUUUACCGCAGAUGACAUCAGCUGUAAGUGCUAGAAAAGCGGAGAUACACCACCUUCCUCCCCCGCUCCUCCUCCUCCUCCCUAGGUCCCUGCCCUGCAUCGUCUUUGUAUAAAACCGCCGCUGCCUUCCCGGCCAUUUUCAUUCCCUGAACUCCUGUGGAGUCGCCGCCGAGCAGAGCGUCGGUGAUGGCCACCGUGGAAGUGGACUCGGAACCCUCCUGUAGUAAUCCCAAUGCUCUCUCGUACCGCUUCCUGGAUAGCAAAUUUUAUCUGCUGGUAGUCAUCGGCGAGCUGGUGACCGAGGAGCAUCUACAGCAGGCUAUCGCCAACGUCGAGCGAGGAAUCCGAUCAUGGGACACAAACUUGACUGAAUGCAACUUGGAUCAAGAACUGAAGCUUUUUGUGUCUCGCCAUUCAGCUCGAUUCUCUCCUGAAAUUGAAGGUCAGAAGAUUCUUCACCACAGAAGUGAUGUCUUAGAAACUGUAGUCCUGAUCAAUCCCUCAGAUGAAGCAGUUAGUACUGAGGUGCGUUUAAUGAUCACAGAUGCUGCAAGACACAAGCUUCUUAUACUAACUGGACAGUCCUUUCAAAACACAGGAGAACUCAUUCUUCAGUCAGGGACCUUUUCCUUCCAGAACUUCACUGAGAUCUUCACAGAUCAAGAGAUUGGUGAAUUAUUGAGCACCACACACCCUGCCAAUAAAGCCAGCUUAACUCUUUUCUGUCCUGAGGAAGGAGACUGGAAAAAUUCCAACCUUGACAGACACAACCUUCAAGACUUUAUUAACAUUAAACUCAACUCAGCUUCCAUAUUGCCUGAAAUGGAAGGACUCUCUGAAUUCACAGAGUAUCUGUCAGAAUCAGUAGAAAUGUCAUCACCCUUUGAUAUUUUGGAACCUCCAACUUCAGGAGGUUUCUUGAAACUCUCCAAACCCUGCUGUUAUAUUUUCCCAGGUGGAAGAGGGGACUCUGCAUUGUUUGCAGUGAAUGGAUUUAACAUGCUUAUCAAUGGAGGAUCCGAAAGAAAAUCUUGCUUUUGGAAACUUAUCCGGCACUUGGAUAGGGUAGAUUCCAUACUACUCACUCACAUUGGAGAUGACAACCUGCCAGGAAUCAAUAGCAUGCUUCAGCGAAAGAUAGCUGAAUUAGAAGAGGAACAGUCUCAAGGGCCUACUACCAAUAGUGACUGGAUGAAAAAUCUGAUCUCACCUGAUUUAGGAGUUGUAUUCCUUAAUGUACCUGAGAACCUGAAGAAUCUGGAUCCUAACUUUAGAGUAAAAAGGAGUGUAGAAGAAGUUUGUUUUACACUCCAAUAUUUAAAUAAACUGUCUAUGAAACCAGAACCUCUUUUUAGAAAUGUAGGAAAUACCAUUGACCCCAUCAUUUUAUUUCAGAAAAUGGGAGUUGGCAAACUUGAGAUGUAUGUGCUUAAUCCUGUCAAAAAUAGCAAAGAGAUGCAAUAUUUUAUGCAACAGUGGAGUGACACUAGCAAAGAUAAAGCUCAAUUCCUGCUACCAAAUGGCCAUGAACUAGACAUUCCAUUAUCCUAUUUCACCUCUGUCUCAUCCCUGAUUGUGUGGCACCCAGCUAAUCCUGCAGAAAAAAUAAUCCGAGUUCUGUUCCCUGGAAACAGCACUCAAUAUAAUAUUCUAGAAGGACUAGAAAAACUCAAACACUUAGACUUCCUUAAACAACCAAUAGUUACACAAAAAGACCUAAUGGGGAACAUUGCUAGUCCAGCUGUGAAACAAGUAAAGUUGAAACAACGAACAGACGGCAAGGAGAGUCUGAAGCCUGCUGCAAAGAUACCAACCAAACCUGUCAGAAAGGAAUCUAAAGAAGAAAUGACAGAGCCUGCAAAGCCUAGUCCAACACCAGAAAAGCUUCAGAAACUGGAAAGCAAAGUUCCAGUUAUAAAAGAGAAACCAGCAAAAGUGGAGACCAAACUUAUAGUGGUCAAAAAAGAUGUAACAAGUAAAGAGCGAUUAGUAAAAUCUGAAACUCAUGAAAAACAAGCUACAGAUGUAAAAGCAAAAGUGGCAGUGAAAAAGGAAGUCAAAGUAAAACCUGAAGAAAAGAAAGAGGAAAAGGAAAAACCAAACAAAGACAUUUCUAAAAAAGAGGAGAAAACACCCAUCAAAAAAGAAGAUAAACACAAAAAAGAGUUCAAGCAAGAAGUUAAAAAAGAGGUGAAAAAGGAAGAGAAGAAGGAAACUAAGAAGGAAGUAAAAGAAGCCAAAAAGGACAUUAAAAAAAUUCCUAAAGAGACAAAGAAGACAGUUGCUCCUUUGACUGAAGUAAAAAAGCCAGCAGCAAAGUCUAAAUCGCAAAAGGAGGAAUCUGCUAAAAAAGCAGCAGUACCUGUUGAAAGGCGAAAAGAAAAAUUAAAAAUUAAGACUAUGAAGAAGGAGAUCAAAGUCAGUGGAGUGCAAGCUGCCCUUGCGGCAGUUGGAGCCACUGCCACAACUGUAGCAGCUACAGAAAUUACAUCUAGUGGAAAAGAACUGGAAGUAGAAAGAUCCCUUAUGUCUUCACCUGAGGAUUUAACAAAGGAUUUUGAGGAAUUAAAAGCUGAAGAAGUAGAAACAAUAAAAGAAACAAAACUUCAAGUAGCACUUAUAGACUACGAACUGAAACUCACUGGCAUAGAACAAAAAGAGGCCUUUGAAGUCCAAAAAGAAAAAUUAUACAAUGAAGGACCUGCUGAGUCCUCUGAUGAAGGCAUAACUACCACAGAGGCUGAGGGUGAGUGUGAACAAACACCUGAAGAAUUGGAACCUGUGAAAAAACAUAGGGUUGAUGACAAUGAAAAGUUUGAAGAUGAGGGAACUGGUUUGGAAGAACCAUAUGAAGCAGGAGAUUACGAGAAAAAGGCAGAGAGAGAAGAAGCUGAAGAACAAGGUGAAGAUGAGGAAGUAAAGACACUACUGGACACCACAAAACCAUAUAUGCAGGAAGUAAGAAAAAUGAAAGAGAGUUCAGAAAAAAUAAUGUCUGAAGCAGAUUCUAACAUUAAAGCAAAAAAAUAUAUUGAAAAGGCAAAUGAUGAGGAUGGACGGGGCAAGGAAGACAGGGAAGAAGCAGUAGAAAAGGCAGAAACUGAGGAGACUGAAGAAGAGGAGGAAGACAAAGCAGAAGACAUCAGAGAUGAUGAGGAGACUGAAAAAAUAGAAGCUGAAGAAGACUAUGUGAUGGCUGUGGUAGACAAAGCUGCAGAAGCUGGUGAAGUUGAAGAUAAAUAUGGCCUACUCAUAAUUACACCAACAAAAUGCUCAGACCCUCAGUCUCCAGCAGUUGAACUGGCCUCUUCUAUCCAUGAUGAAACAUUACUUGGUUCAGAAAGUGAAGCCACUGUUUCUGAUGAAGAAGAUAGAGAAGAUCAACCUGAGGAAUUCACUGCUACUUCAGGUUAUACACAGUCUACCAUUGAAAUAUCCAGUGAACCAAUGCUGGAUGAAAUGUCUACACCUCAGGAUGUCGUGAGUGAUGAAAUUAACGAGGAAAGUGAGUCACUUUCUCAAGAGUAUAUGAACAUUACCAAGUAUGAGACAUCACUGUACUCUCAAGAAUUUGCUAGACCUAAACUUUCUCCACUUCUGGAUGCUUUUAAUGAAUUAUCAGAAGGAUCCAAAAUAGAGGCCACAGAAGGUAAAGACUAUAAUGCCUCAGCUUCUACCAUCUCACCACCUUCUUCAUUAGAGGAAGACAAAUUCUGCAAGUCUGCUUUCCAAGAUAUAUAUUGUCAAAAAGGAAGUGAAAUCCAAGGCACUAACAAAUUAGAAAUCCAAGAACCCUAUACAGAAAAUGGUGGAAAAUGUAGUCCAGUCAAGAGUCCAGCUGAGAGUUUGUCUCCUCUGUCACCCAUUGCCAAAACACCACUGAGUGAACGUAGUGUGAACUUUUUGCUCACUUCCAGUGAUAUCAAGGUUUCAUCUGAGAAAUGGGGACAGGCUACAUUGCCUGAUGUACAUCAAGAAGUUGCCAAAGAGCACUGUGCAAGCCCUAAAGAGAAAACGUUAGAAGUAGUAUCUCCCUCACAGUCUGCUGCUGGUAGUGCUGGCCACACAUCUUAUUAUCAGUCUCCCACUGAUAAAAAAUCCAGUCAGCUUCUCUCUGAAACUAUUGAAAAGUCAACAGAAGCUCCUGUUAGCUUUGAACUCAGUGAAGUCAAAAAUGAGUCUGAAAAAUCCAGAAUAAGCCCUAUGGAUGAGCCUGUGCCAGAUUCAGAAUCUCCUAUUGAAAAGGUUCUCUUGCCUCUACGGAGUCCACCACUGAUAGGUUCAGAGACCACUUAUGAUACAUCUUUGACUGCUAAUGUAAAAUCUCCCAGUAGAGAUUAUGGAAGUCCUUCUGAGGGAAAACAUGAAAAAGAAAAAUCACCUGUUGAGAUGAGCCGAACUUCUGAAGCCAGCUCUGUGGGCCUUUUCCAAGGAAAACAAGAUGAAAAAAACAUGGAGUUUAUGGUAAUUAAAGAAGGCUUCAGCUUAGAAAGGAAAACGGAGGAUACAGAACCCAGCAGUUCCCAGUCUUCACUGGCCUUGGAUGAGCGGAAGUUGGCAGGUGAUCUGUCACCUACUCAAAUAGAUAUUGGUCAGUUUGGUUCCUUAAAAGAAGACACCAAAAUGUCAAUUUCUGAAGGUAGUGUUUCUGACAAGUCUCCAACUCCAGUUGAUGAGGUUGUAGUAGAAGAUACCUAUUCCCAUAUAGAAGGAGUAGUUUCUGUCUCUACAGCAUCUGUUGCUACUAGUUCAUUUCUAGAACCAACUACUGAUGAUGUAUCUCCUUCUUUGCAUGCGGAGGUUGGAUCUCCCCACUCUACUGAAGUUGAUGAUUCCCUUUCAGUGUCAGUUGUACAAACACCAACAAUGUUUCAGGAAACAGACAUGUCUCCAUCUAAGGAAGAAUGCCCAAGGCCCAUGUCAAUUUCUCCAGAUUUCUCACCUAAAACCCCAAAAUCAAGAACCCCAGUGCACAAUCACAGAUCUCCUGAGCAGUCAACUAUGUCAGUAGAAUUUAGUCAGGAGUCCCCUGAGCAAUCUUUAGCGAUGGACUUUAGUAGGCAAUCUCCAGAGUAUCCUACUGUAGGCACUAGUAUACACUAUGUAUCUGAAAACGGAACAACAGAAGUAGACUAUAAUCCUUCAGAUAUACAAGUUCCUAUUUUUGCACAGAUUUCUUUUGUGGAGCAAUCAUUGUGCUCUCAGAAGAAGAAUAUUUCAGAAAUUAUUUCAGUUUCUCAAAUUGAAGCUUCAUCCUCAACUUCAUCAGCUAAUACACCUUCCCAUUUAACUUCACCACUGCCAGAAGAAACUUUUUCAGGUGCUGUUCCACCCAGAGAUAUGUCACUAUAUUCUUCUUUUACCUCAGAAAAGGUGCAGAGCAUAGAAGAAAAGCUGUCACCAAAGUCUGACCUAUCUCUAUUAACUCCAAGGAAAUCUUCUCCUCUGUACUCUCCUAGUUUUCCAGAUUCAUCUCCUGCAAUCACAGAAGUGGUGUCAGCUAGUCAUGCAUCUUCGCUGUCACUGCAAGUGCCCUCUGUCAAAGCAUUUGGUUACCAGGAACCCUUAACAAAGCACAGUCCAGAAUCUUUAAUCAGCCCAGAGAAAGAUUCAGAAAAAAGCAGCAAGUCACCAAAAGAAUUUAGUUAUUCUUACAAGGCCACAGAGAAAACUAGUAGGUCACCAGAAGAUAUUAACUACUCCUAUGAGGUAGUUGCAAAAUCUAGAUCACCUGAGGCCACAGAUUAUUCUUAUGAGAUUGCAGGAAAAAUCACUAGGUCACCAGGAUUCACAGAUUAUUCCUAUGAGAUAAUUGGGAAAAUCACCAAAUCACUUGAGGUCACAGAUUAUUCCUGUGCUAGAACUGGGAAAACUACCAGUUCAUCCGAUGCCAUGAAUUAUGCCUAUGAGACAACAGGGAAAGCCACUAGCUCACCUGAAGCCACAGAUUACUCAUUUGAAACAGGUGGGAAAACCACCAGAUCAUCUGAAGCUUAUAGCUAUUCCUAUGAAGCAAGUGCUCCAGAAUCCUGUCAAGAUAUUGAUUUAUGCCUUUUGUCCUCUUGUCAAUAUAAACAUCCUAAAACUGAACUCUCACCCUCAUUUAUCAACCCAAAUCCUGUUGAGUGGUUUGCAAGUGAAGAACAGUCUCAAGAUCAAGAGAAGCCACUAACUCAGUCUGGGCAAGCCCAGCCACCUUCUGGAGGAAAGCAGCAAGGACCACAGAAUGAUGAAACCCCUCCCACAUCCAUGAGUGAGUCUGCUCCAUCUCAGACUGAUUCAGAUGUUCCCCCUGAGACUGAGGAAUGCCCUUCCAUCACUGCAGAUGCUAAUAUUGACUCAGAAGAUGAGUCGGAAACCAUUCCAACAGAAAAGACAGUUAUGUAUAAACAAAUUGACCCAUCGCCUGUUCCAAUGCAGGAUCACAUUCCUUCCCCUAGGCACCCUGAUGUCUCCAUGGUUGAUCCAGAGACUUUGUCCAUCGAGCAGAAUUUGGGUAAACCUUUGAAGAAGGACCUCAAAGAAAAGACAAAGACAAAAAAGCAGGGCACUAAGACCAAGUUGUCUUCUCCUGUUAAAAAAAGUGAUGGUAAAUCAAAACAAGUGGCUUCACCAAAAUCAUCUGUAAAAGAAUCUUUAGACAAAAUUUCCAAAACAGCUUCUCCAAAAAAGGAGGAAUCUAUGGAGAAGGCAACCAAUAAUAUCCCUAAUCCAGAAGUAAAGUCUCAAGUGGAAGAUAAAGACACCAAGAAUGCAGCAAAUAAAACAUCCAAGUCAGUAAAGACUGCAACCACAGGACCUUGGAAUAGUAAGUCAUCAAAAUCUACAGUGGUGCCUCCAGGACCUCCAGUGUAUUUGGAUCUGGUGUACAUUCCCAACCACAGCAAUAGCAAGAAUGUCAAUGUUGAGUUUUUCAGGAGAGUGCGAUCAUCCUACUAUGUGGUGAGUGGGAACGAUUCUGCAGCUGAGGAGCCAAGCAGGGCUGUUCUGGAUUCUCUGCUGGAGGGCAAGGCCCAGUGGGAGAGUAACAUGCAGGUGACUUUAAUCCCAACCUAUGACUCCGAAGUGAUGAGGGAAUGGUACCAAGAGACCCAUGAGAAACAAAAGGAUCUCAACAUCAUGGUUUUGGCAAGCAGCAGCACUGUUGUUAUGCAAGAUGAAUCUUUCCCUGCAUGCAAGAUAGAACUGUAAGAACAAGACCAUGCACCACAAGAUUUACUGUCUUUCCAGAAAUUCUUCAGUUUGAAAACACCUUUUAAAAAAAUUCAACCCAUCUAUUUCAACUGCUGAUCUAUAUACCUGCAAAAUGCUAUACUGUAUCACAGUGAUGCAAUUCGCUAAUAUUUUCAGUCUUUGCUGAUUGUUAAGGGAAAUAACAGCAUUCCCAUAAUAGGGUUCAAGUAACUGUGAAAAUACAGAUCCAGUUUCAACUCCAGUGAAUGUUUGGAAACCAUGUACUAGCAACCCUGACUCAUUUCUGCCAGGCAGAGGCAUUUGCCCUCUAGAGAAACACAAAAAGAAAGAGAGGUAGAGGAGAAAGUAAUAAAUAAUAGAUCUUCAGUAGUCUCAUGGCAAUAGAUGUAUUGCUUACUGCAGCUUGUUUAUGUACUCACAUGAAAAGGAGGUUUUAAAUUUGUAUCAAGCUGAGCUAUUACAAAGGAGGUCCUUACUUUACAGAAUUAAGUUAGCUGGAAAAUAACAAGCAGCAGAAUAUGGCUAGAAAGGGACGUACAACCUAAAUACUCAUUAGCAGUUAAUUUAAUUUAAACUCUGCAUGCUGAUGUAUCAUAACAGUUGUAGGCCGAAUAUGCACAUAGUCUGAACCCCAUAAAAUUCUAAAUUUUAUGUCAACGUGCAGAAUUCUUUAUCUAAGGCAUGUUCCCAGUAAAAAUCCACUCAUUCCAGUCAAAACUGAUCAGUUCACCUGCUUAAACAUCCAUAUCCACUGUCAACUAACUGAAGAAAAAUACCAAAGUAGUUGGGAGCACGUACAGUAGACAAUUUGUCUUAGAAAGUUACUUGAAUGUAUAAAGAAACUUGAUGCACCUUUUUUUUUUUUUAAUUUAUUUUAAGACAGAAAAUUUAUAAACAAUCUAUAUAGGAUCAUAGUUACACCAGUGAAGAAGUGUGAGUGACCCUGGACAGCCUUCUACGAGGACAUAACUGUCUGACUAGAUGAGGGGAGAGGAGCAGAUGUCAUCUACCUUGAUUUUGAAAUGGCUUUUGACACUGUCUCCCACAACAUCCUCAUCGGAAAGAUGAGGCGGUGUGGCUUGGAUGAGUGGACAGUGAGGUGGAUUGAGAACUGGCUGAAUGACAAAACCAGAGGGUGAUGAUCAGUGGCACAGAAUUGAAUUGAAGGCCUGUGGCCAGUGGAGUUCCGCAGGGAUGGGUUCUGGGGUCAGUCUUGUUCAACAUCUUCAUCAACAAUCUGGAUGAGGGGACAGAGUGUACCCUUAAGCAUGUUCACUGAUGACACCAAACUGGGAGGACUGGCUGAUUCCCCUGAAGGCUGUGCUGCCAUUCAGCGGGAUCUUGAUUGGCUUGAGAGUUGGGCAGAGAGGAACCUCAUGAGGUUCAACAAGAACAAAUGCAGAGUCCUGCAUCUCGGGAGGAAAAACCCCAUGCACCAGUACAGUCUGGGGAUUGACCUGCUGGAGAGCAACUCUGUGGAGAGGGACCUGGGACUUCUGGUUGACAGCAAAAUAAACAUGAGACAGCAAUGUGUCCAUGUGGCGGAAAAGGCCAAUGGCAUUCUGGGAUGCAUCAAGAAGAGUGUGGCCAGCAGGUGGAGGGAGGUUCUCCUCCCCCUCUACUCUGCCCUGAUGAGACCUCAUCUGGAGUACUGUAUCCAGUUCUAGGCUCCCCAGCCCAAGAGGGGCAGGGAACUUCUGGAGAGAAUCCAGCACAGGGCCACCAAGAUGAUCAGAGGACUGGAGCAUCUUCCUUAUGAGGAAAGGCUGUGGGAACUGGGGCUGUUUAGCCUAGAGAAGAGGGAGGAUCUCAUUAAUAUUUACAAAUAUCUAAAUGAUGGAUGUCAGGAGGUUGAGGCAUCACUUUUUUCUGUUGUAAGUAGUGACAGGACAAGGGAUAAUGGAAAGUUCCAACAAAAAGUUCCAUUUAAACAUAAGAAAAAACUAUUUCACUGUGAGAGUGAUUGGAACACUGGCUCCAUCACUGGAGAAUGGACUGCCCAGGGAGAUUGUGGAGUCUCCUUUUCUGGAGGUUUUCAAAACCCACCUGGAGAAGUUACUAUGUAACCUGAUCUAGAUGGACCUGUUUUUAUCAGAGGGGUUGGACUAGAUGAGCUUUAGAGGUCCUUUCCAACUGCUACCAUUCUGUGAUUGUGUCAUUCUGUGAGUGUGCAUGUGUGGUACUAGAAACCCAUGUGACUGGUCAAACAGCUUGGUGCUCUGAAUUAUGUAUGAUAGUUGUGUGGACAAUUCAUUGAUUCACCAGGACAGCUCAAUAAGGCAAGAUAAGCAUUUUUUUUGAAAGCUUCUUUUGUACUGUGGAAGCAAGAUUGAAGUGGUUUUCAGUAUCAGAGUUGCAAAACUUAGUGAAACAUUCUGGAUGUUGAAAAAGGUUAUAUGGCAGUCUAUAUAAUAUUCAAUCUUCCUUUGUCUUAUUUUGAUUUUAUUUGUUUUAUUUAAGAAUAAGUAUGGGAACAA